AAGAAUCAUGAUCCAAAUUUCUAUCCUCCAGAUUUUCUUUCAAUAACCCUCGAGUAGGAACUAGUAAAAUUUUAGUGCGUCCGAUUUUAUGUGUUAAUUAAAAGCCAAAUCAAUUAGCAGCUGAUAAAUAAUCAACUUCAAAUAAAAAUAGUGAAAAUGGAUCCGUUCUAUUUUUUAGCAAUAGCGACAAUUAUUGCAGUUGCACUAAAAAGUGACAGUAGUGAAGGCUAUAGAAUUUUAGGAAUUUUUCCCCUACAUGGAAAAUCUCGUUCAAUCUUUGGAGAGCAAUUGAUGAAAACCUUUGCAAGAAAAGGACAUCAGGUCGAUGUCAUUAGUCAUUUUCCGCUUAAGGAACAUUUUCCUAAUUACACAGAUUUAAGUAUUCGCGGCUCACUACCAGAAUUUACAGGAAAUUUCAGUUACGAUUUAAUUGAAAAUUUUCCAAUUGGUUCCAUGGAAAGUCUAAUGAAAAUGACUGGUGAUUCUAUAUGUGAUUUACUGAAACAUCCAGUAAUAAACAAUUUAAUUAAAAAUCCCCCCAAGAAUCCACCUUACGAUCUCGUCAUUGUAGAGUAUUUUUCAGCGCAAUGUUAUUUUGCAUUUGGUCGACAUUUGAAAGUUCCGAUGAUAGGUGUCUCAAUUUCCGUUUUACUCGAGUGGCAAAAUUAUCCUUUGGGAAACCCCACCAGUUCUGCUUUUGUGCCCGGGGGGUUCACCGAUUUUCCGUCAAAGAUGAAUUUUUGGCAACGAUUAAAAAACGAAUUACUGUCCAAAAUCGUUAUUUAUCAAUUUAACAACCUGGCAUCCCGACAAAAAAAAUAUGUGGAUGAAAAUUUUGGGCCUGGAUAUCCGAGUAUUUAUGAACUUUCCAAAGAAAUGGCUCUGGUAUUUGUUAAUUCACAUUACAGUCUGAAUGGUAUAAGGCCACUUACACCAGGUGUAGUGGAAAUUGGAGGAAUACAUAUUCAAGAUAAUCAAGAAAAAUUAUCACCGGAACUGCAAAAAUGGUUAGACGAGAGUAAACAUGGAUGUGUUUACGUGUCCUUCGGAUCAAUGGUAACUUUAGAAUCUUUUCCCAGAAAAACUCUCCAAGCUUUUUAUGCAGCUUUUAAAAAUAUAGCUCCUGUGCGAGUUUUGAUGAAAAUUGUAAAUACAGACAAAAUGCCUCUUGGACUUCCUGAGAAUGUCUUAACUCAUCGUUGGCUACCACAAAUUCAGGUUUUGAAGCACAAGAAUGUGAAAGCUUUUGUGACCCACGGAGGAUUGAUGUCAACUUUAGAAUCAAUUUAUGCUGGCGUUCCAAUGAUUGGUUUCCCAUUGUUCGGAGAUCAAUUUUAUAAUCUAAAAAUUUACGAAAAAAAGACAAUUUUAGUUACUUUGGAUCACCAUAAUGUCACCGAAGAGAAAUUUACAGAAGCUUUGAAUACGAUUUUAAAAAACCCGGAAUACAGAAAUAACAUGGAGAAGAUAUCGAAACUUUAUUUUGACCGUCCAAGUACUCCACAGGAAACAGUAUUAUUUUGGGCGGAAUAUGUUAUCAGAAAUAAAAAUAUUUUGAAAUCACCAGCCGCAAAUUUAGCCUGGUGGCAAGUCGAAUUAUUAGAUGUUUAUGGUUUUAUUUUAUUUAUUGCUCUAUUUGCACUUUAUGUUUUAUUUCUAAUAAUUAAAAUAUCAUUUAAAUAUAUUUUUAUUACAUUAAGGUCGGAUAAAAAUGCAAUCUUAUCUAAGAAACAAAAAUAGCCUACUACGAAAAAUUAAUUUUUAUGCAUGUCUAUUAAUUUAAGAAAUUUUGUACGAUUUUUCUAGUACCGAUUAACAAUGUCUUUGUUUAAGAAAUUAAUUCAGCGAUGAAGAAUCAUAUCUUUGAAACGAAAAAUUUAGAGUAUGUAUUUUUCAAAGUAUUUUUAAACACAAAAAUAGAUUAAAAAUUAACUUUCUUCAAUCUUUGAGGAAUUAAUUGCAAAGCAUUUCUAACAGGCGAAUUUCAGCGGUUUUUUUUUAUUCAUACGUUUUGUAAAAAGAACGUCAUGACCGCAAAGUAAAGUUAUGAAAUAUCUAGAACCCAGUAUUCGGUCAGUUUUUAGAAGAAUGUCUCUUAACAAAAUUCUUGUUUUGCUGAUAGACUUAAAAAAGCCGUCUCUCAAGUGGCCGUGUAGCUCAGCCGUUGAGCGCUCGGUUUGUGGGCAGGGGCUGCGGGCUCGAUUCUCGGCGCAUGCGCUGAUCGCCAACGCCAUUUUUCUCAAAACCGGCCAAAUAUUAGGUUCUAGGAAUUAAACCCAGCAACCUAAUAAUUUCAUGUUCUUCACUGUUUCCCAAAGUUUCAACGAAAAAUAUUUAUUAUUUACUACUUAUUAUUUAUAGCUUUCUAAGGACCUGAAUAUAUCGUUAAUUAUUAAAAAUUUAUUUUUGAUUUUGUGAAAAUGAUAUAUUUAAAAAUAUCAUUGCAUGACUAUUAAUUUUCCAAA